AUGGCGGUGCCCUGGGAAGAAUAUUUUCGACUGGAUUUGCAGGAGAAGCUGCCUUCGAAGAUACCAGAGCAGAAAGGAGAACACUUCCCACCAGUGCUGCGUCUCCUGGAGAAGAGGCAAGAGCUGGUGGAUGCAGACCGGGCCCUGAGGGCCCAGAAGGAGGUGUACCAGACCACGCUGGCAGCCUUGAAACAGCGCUGGGAACAGCUGGAACAGAAGAAGCAGGAGCUAAAGGGGUCCUUUGUCCGCUUUGACAAGUUCUUGCAGGUAGAUGGAGCCUGCUGGCGGGAGAGGGCGGCGGUGGAGCGGCUCCGGGCGGGCCGCCAGGAGGCGGAGGCGCUGCGGCUGCGGGCCCAGCUGGAGGAGCUGCGGCGGGAGCGCGCGCGGCUGCAGCGCCGGCCCGAGCGCCUGGAGCCCUGCGCGCGCCUGCUGGGACAAGCGCUGGAGCAGCUGCCCCAGUUCCAGGAGGUCCCCGAGCUGGUGGCGCGCUUUGACGGCCUGGCCGACACGCAGGCGGCGCUGAGGCUCAGGGAGCGAGAGCGGCUGGCCGAGCUAGAGGCGGCGCGGGCGCGGCUGCAGCGGCUGCGGGACGCCUGGCAGACCGAGUUGCUCGCUCAGAGCCAGCGGCGGGCGCAGCUGCAGGAGCGCCUGGAGGCGGCACGGGAGCGCACGCUGCAGUGGGAAUCCAGGUGGAUUCAGAUCCAGAACACAGCAGCUGAGAAGACGCUGCUCCUGGGACGCACUAGGAUGUCAGCACUCAACCUGUUCCAGUUAGUGUGCCAGCAUCAGAGGCAGCCGCCGGCUGUGGACAUCGAGGACACCGAGGGGCAGCUGGAACAGGUGAAACUGUUCAUCCUAGACCUCUCCGCCAUACUUGCCAGUCUUCGUCAGACCAAGCCCGCGGCCUCUGCCUCCUAGCCCUGACCCAGGUGAGCAGUGUGGGAGGGGACCCGAGGGAGCUGGCCCCUGGAGAGAAGAUCCCACAUUCCCUGUGGGGUGCAGGCUGAGUGCCCUCCCUGAACUUGUUUCUUCAUCAGAAAGACAGGAGGGCUGUGCCUGCUCAUAUUGCCAAGGAGCACACAGCAAGCACUCAAUAAAGGCAGGCUGCAGUGAAGACGAGGGGCUAUGUGUGGGGCAAUUGCUUACCUAAAAAGUGAGGUCAAACCAGGCCCUCCCUCCCAGGGUGGUUGAGGACAUUAAGCAAGCUGAUAUUUGUCAGGUGCUUAGAAAAGGGUAAAUUCUACAUGAGUGCAUGGUAAAUAAAGUAAAAUAAAGAGGACCAGCAAAAGGGUUACAAGGCAGAAAUCUGCGUGCAUCUGGGGCACCUGCUCACCAUGGCUCCACUGUGGAGGGGUGCUGGGUGACCUGCCCAUCCCGAGAAUCCAGCUGCUGGAGGCUGCCCUUGACCUUCUCAGAACCCAAAGUGGGGGAUGGGAGCAACAGGGCUUGGUGCAGAACAGAGGCCACAGAGGGCAGGACAGGUUCUGACCUCUAGGUGUUGUGUUAACCUCUUCACAGCCAGAGGGGAGCAGCUGUGCCCUCUGACCCCGGGCCUGCAUCUAUCGCCCUCCCGCAGUUCACUGACAGCUGCAAGCCUGUCCUGGUGGUACGGGAGCCAAUUCCCAUCUCAGGCAACUGACUCGUCCUCUGAGCUUCACUUCCCUCUCCUGCUCAGUGGAGACCCCAGGUGGGAUCGUGAUGGGUGU